CGCCCGGCUCCCGCCCCUCGCGCCAUGUCCGGCCGCUCCCCGCCGGCCCCGCCGAGCCCGGAGCAGCGGGCGGCCAGCGCCGCGCAGUUCGUUGCAGGCUGCAUGUACCGAGUCCUUCAGACCACAGGACCAGAUGGAAAAAACCUUCUGAAAUUACUUCCCAUUUCUAAAUCUUCUGGAAGCUUUGUGCCAAUAGUUCAAUCCUCAGCCAUGCAAAACAAUUCUAGUCCAGUCCAUCUUACUUUUAAGACCCAGCUUGCUGAUCCUACCACACCUCCAUCUGUUAAGAUUCCCGUUUUUCAGUCUGCUAAUCCUGGCAAGAUUCUUCUUACAAGGACAUUAGACAAACAGGAAAGUGGUAGGGCAGGUUCUGAAAAAGAAAGCUUAGCUCCCAAACCAGCUGCUGCCAUCCAGAGCACUUCUGUUUCGGUCGAUAGACUCUCUGUGCAGAACAUGGCUGUGACGAGCUCGUCCAGCCAGAGUAACGCUGCCUACAUGCUGGUGAACAACCAAACCCUUCCAGUUAGUGUGAAGGCUCCAGUACUGCCCUCUGGCCACCACCUCCAGAUACCAGCUGAUGCAGAAGUGAAAUCUGUCCUAGCUUCUUCUUUACCACCUGCCAUCCAGCAGAAGAUCCUGGCGGCUGCGGCGACAAACGCGCCCGGAGGAGCCGACGGGGCCAAACCGCCCACCGUGAUUUACGUGUCCCCGGUGAACACCGUGAGAACGGUGCUUCCCAAGCGUCUGCAGCCCAUCUGCCCCAAACCUGCCCCUGAGCCUGCAAAAACAUUCCUGGUGACAGCUCCACAGAAGGGAAACGGUUCAUCUCCCGAGGCGGUGCCAGCUGACGGGCAGCAGUGCCGGCAGACUCCCAUGAAAUGGAUCGUGCAGGAGAGCCCACAGUCGUCAGCACCUUGCCUUAUCCCUGUGAAAUCAUCCAACAAUGUGGCUUCCAGGAUCCUGAAAACGUUGUCAGACACCAAAAAUGUAGAAAUUAACUCUGCAAAUAUCUUACCCCUCUCUUCUAGUGGUCCUGGGGGAAGCCAGAAAAAAAUGACACCUUUUAAAGAUAACGCUCUGGUCAUGUACAACGGGAAAGUCUAUUUGUUGACCAAACGGGACUCUGAUGUUCUAUCAGCCCAAGUUGACAAACAAGGAUCUUCCUCUUCUGAUGCUUCACUCAAAAAGGAGACAUCCAAGCUAAUUGAUUCUACUGCAGUCAAUAAAAUAACCAAUAAAGUGGUGAAUCUGGUGUUGUCAAAAACCAAGGGCGUGGCGCUGUCUCAGAAGGAUCCAAACUCCAAACGUUCCUCGCCAGUGGGCUUAAGAAAUGACUUAAAAUCUGCACCUGCAGCUCUGGGGACACCAAGUGCUCAGCAGCAGAAUUCCACUGUAGACCACAGAAGGAGUUUGCCCUUCACCCAGAGCACUUUGAGUGGAGUGACCCUUCUUACAGCAGCAGGGACACAAGAAAAGGCGUGUCAAAACGGCAAAGAAAAGAUUCACUCCCCCAAAGCACCAAGUGCUGUUUUACCUCAGUCCAAGCAAGAGGGUGCUUUCAGUGAAGACUGGCAAAAGAUCCAAUGUGAAACGAUGAAUUCACCUGGAAAAGUUCAAAUCAGACAGGAAGAGAAGCCACAUUGGAAACAAUACUUGGAGUUAAGGAAGAAAUUUGGUCUGUCUAAGGAGGAGAGAGUGUACCUUAGGAGAAUACCAUCAAAGGCCUCUGUUGAGAAAGCAGAAGAAAGGGUUUGUUCCAGUAACAGCUUGAAAAGGAAGAAUGAUUCUUACAGUUCACCAUUAGAUGUGGAGAUACCAAAUCAACAUCAGGAGUGUAUUAAGGAGGAAAAGAUGAUUGUGGGUCUGGAAGAGGAUUUGACUAAGAAAAGAAGAGUAAAAUCCUCCUCACAGUCACACAGUGGAAAGAGAAGGAGAACUUCAGUCCAAUCAACCCCAAGCCCAAGUUCAGAAGACAGCAGCUCCAGCUGCAGUGUAGCCAGCAGAAGUGUCUCACCCCCCCCAGCCCUGUCACCACAGCACAACAUUCCCACAGACUGCGCGGCGUCGCCUCUGGGGCAGGCCUCUGAGCAAGACCCCUACUCCCAAUCCAGUGACCUGACAGACUCAGACAUCCCUGUUUUAGUGUCUUCUGAAGAUAACUCUUCAUUUCUGGAAGGUUCUUUCAGGGAUGAUACUUUCCCUUUGACUCCCCCAGACCUGGAUGAAACGAUCCGGGAUGAAAAGAUCAAACGCCUGAAGCAGCUGUUGAGGGAGCGCGAAGCGGCGCUGGAAGAGAUGCGCCGGAGGAUGCAGCAGAGCUGAGGUGCUGGGGCUCUGCCUCCUGUUCAGCUGUGGCUCAGUGACUUCAGGAAGAAAUCCCUUCCUCAGACACACACAGGUAUUUCUGGGAGAUGGAAGAUCCAAAGGAAACUCACAGGGUUUGUGUAAUUUAGAGAAGUACGAAGGGUUUCUUGUUAAACACCAGAAAUAAAAGACUUGGACCGUCAAAUCCUGCUUUUGUGACAUUAUAGAUAUGUAUAAAUAUAUAGAAAUAUCUCAGAGGAUGCAGAGAGGCUUUUUUAUUAAUGUGUCCCUGUAUUUUCAAUUGAGGGGUUUCUGUAUUAAUCCAAACUAAUAAACAUUCCCACUUUGGAGUUGAUGGCCUGUCUCUUAGAAGCAGGAUGUAAAUUGCAGCUCCCAGCUGUACAAAGACAUUUCUUUUUCCUUCAUUUUCCUGCUGUGCAUGAGAACUUCUGUGAAUUCCUGAGAACUGUCAUAAAAAGUCAAUGGUUGGUGUUGAAUAAAUGCUAUUGAAAUGACCUGGGAAUUAGACUUGAGGCAAUAACAAUGUAUACAAAACCUCUUAGAGAUGCAAAGACAGAAGCAGUAGAAGCUCUUGCUGACUGUUACCUGCAUAUGUGUCUCUUGUUAUUCUUGUUGAGCUUUUAUAAGGCCUCUGCCAGCUGUGGAACGUUGAGGUUCAGCUGUGGAGGAAGAGUAUUUUUCUUUAAACCAUGAUGUUGAAUCCUGACUUGCUGAAGCAAAACAAAGCACCUUUCUCUCUCUAUCCAGGGUGCUGGUCAUAGUUCUUGCCGAGUCUCAGUCUUGGAACAACGUCAGUGCAAAGUUGAAAGAGGCCCCUGAGAGACACAACUCAUUAACGACCUUCAUUUAAUUCAUGUGUGACAGUGGCAUGUGCAGAAAUGUGUCAGGCUUGUUGACAAUACUGACAUUUGCAUUGCUGUGCAGGUUAAUGGCAAAGCCCUUCAGGUCAAGUACAACACAAUCACUUCAUUUUGAAUAUAAAAUGGUUAGAAAUAUGGACCAUUAUUGCUCCUGAGUUCCUGAGUGAUGCUGAGGACACGUUCCCUUUGCCUUCAUCAGAUGCUCCCUGCCACCAGCAGCGUCUGCUCCUCGCUGCCAAAGAUCAGGGGGGUGUCGUAAAGGGUCUGUCCCUGCAAACUGGCAACAGCACGCAGGGAAAUCUUCUGUGUGGGGAGAGAAAAGGAAAGGAACAGCCCAGUGAGCAGCCUGAGCCAGUGCCUCCAGUCACAUGGAACGUCACUUUACCUGGAAGUCACGGAUGUAGGUGAGGAAGAAGCUGAGGAAGGAGAACGCCAAGGACCACUCUGAGAUGGUGCUGAUGAGAUGAGCUGUGUAGCCCUGGGUAAGAGGGGGAAGAUCCCAUCAGUUAGAAGCUCUUCUUGACCCUGUGAUGGCACAAAGAUGGCUGGCACACACCACAUCUCACACCCACCACUGCUCCCUUUGCAGGGGAACAUUUCUGAGCACCUUGGGAGUCUCCCAAGUGCUGAACUCAGCAGGAGAGUGAGAAUGAUGAGGAGAAGAGCUGCUCCACACAGCUGGGAAUUUAACACCACCUACAAAACCUCAGUCAAGAGCUUGGCAGGACUAAUGGCAAAAACUCUGCAGAAGGUCUGAGGUUCUCCUCUGGAUGUACCUCCAGUGCCACCCUCCAGCUGUGCCUGGAGAGGAUGAGAAGGGCCAGAAGGUUCAGACACACCUGCCCUUUCUCAGUCCCACUUGGACUUGCCCAGCACUCAUCACUUCAAUGGCAGCUCUACCACUCAUGUGCUUUGGCCUCUCUCCUCAUUUCCCACAGGUGGGAGCUCUACUUCCCUGUGCCCCUCUGGCCCAGGGGGCUCAUUCUGGGCAGUUAACAGCCACCAGGAACCGCUGCCCAGCACAGAGGAGCAGCCUGACAGCUUGUUGGGACAGUUCAGUGACUGCCCAUGAGCGAGAUGAAGUUAAAAUAACCCCUGAAGCUGCAACUGUUCUGCUCAGAGCCAGUGGCUGCAGACUGGCUCAGCUGGUGAAGCUCCCGUGUCCUCUCACAUGCCAAGGACGUGGAGACAACUGCACUUGUCACUUCUCAGAUAUGUUUAUCAGCACAAACAAUGCAGCUGGUUUUUGUUGUCUUUGUUUUCCUCCACUCAGUCAUUUACCUUCUCCUGUGGGUCCCAGUGCAGUUUCUGCACGAGGUUUGUUCCGUACAGGCCGCUGUACAAGACAACUGAGGAAACAAACACUGAGGAAACACGUUAAGGAAGAUUCAAGAGCAAGAAUCAGCAACUUUUUUAUCAUCCAGUGACUCACUUGUGGGUUGAGCCUGAUGGUUCCCUUUCUCCUGAAGUUCCCAGGUUGCAACACAGGCUCUGAAGAGGUGGCAUGAGCCAAGGUGGCUGUAACAAAAGGAUACUGCUCAGGAUGCUGGAGCAGCACCAGAGCAAGACGCUCAGGCGGAUCCAGAAGAUGUCUUUGCUGUGAAGUUCUGGCUGCAUCAGGUAGGACAGGACAGUCUGGACCAGCAUAUAAAUGGCCCCUACUCCGAAGGUCAGGCAGGCUCCAACCACAUGGAUGUAGUACAGGAUGCAUUUCUGGGGAAGAAAAGCACUGCUUGUACAGAACCUCCUGGCACUCUAAACUCUGAGGGCAAUUUUCUUCUGCAAGCUUUGGCCUCCCACCCAGCUCCAACUCCAUUUCCUUCUCCCAGCACUUCUGGAAUGUGCCAGUACUUAGGGGAUUUUGUUUCCCUUGGUAACCCCAGUCACCUGCCAGCCCUCUGUGUUGCUGCUUUUGUUGAGUUCUUGUGGCUCACAGGUCACAGCCACACCUGAACUACAAGAGCUUAGAAAAGCUGUUCUCUGAAAUCAAACCAGAAAUAGGGUUGGAGUGUUGUGCUCCAGAGCUAGAGCUCUGACAUGCAGGAGAACCAAGGGGAGUUUGCUUUCUGCAAAACUUGGAGGGUUUUUCAUGUUUUGAGAUGUCAUGAAGGGUUGUUCCCAAGCCCCAGUGGAUAAAGAAAUCAAGUAAGAAAUUAUAAACCAAACCCUAAUUGUUUUAAAGAGCUUUCUGUGAGGAAUCUGACAAAGGCAACCCAGGUUUUGCCUCCUCAGAAUGUUUUGCUUUCAGUAAAAAACCCCCAUUUUUAUCAGAGAUCCUGGUAAGCAGCCACACAGCUCUGGCCAGCUCUGGAGCACUGCAAGGAAAGCACAAACCUGGAAGUUUGCAAUAAUGCAAAGUCCAAAACAGCUCAUGAGUCCCAGCGUGAGGCCCAGCUUGUUCAGCUUGAUGACAUUGGGUUUCUCUGGAUUCAAGGCAUCAACCUGUUUGUAGCGGACGUACAUGGUGGCCACUCCUGUCAGGGACAAGCAGAGGCAGAAGGGUGUGCAGCUGAUGAGCAGACUGUGCUUUGGGCACUGGGAAGAUUCUGAGGGACAGAAGCAACUAUUUGUGAAGUGUCUUGUGAAAUGGGAAAGCUGAGAAUCUGGAAGUCACAACUGAAAUCCCAGAAUCCCCAGUGGUGGGGCUGGAAGGGCCCUGCAGAGCUGCUCCAGCCCCAGCCCCUGCUCCAGCAGCUUCCCCUGGCUCGGGGCACAGGAACGUGUCCAGGUGGGGUUGGAAACCUCCAGGUAGGGAAACUCUCUCUAGAAGUUCCCUGUCUCUCAUGAGCUGGGGAGCCCAGAACUGGACACAGGACUCCAGAUGAGGCCUCAGCAAGGGCAAGGGGAGGGAGAAGAAAACCUCCCUUCACCUGCUGCCCACACACUUAAUACACCUCUGAAUGCCAUUGGCUUCUUGCCCAUGAGGCCACGUUGCUGCUCAUGGUUAUUUGCUGCCCACCAGCACUCCCAGGUCUCUCCUGGAGCUGCUCUCAGCAGGUCACUCCCAAACAAUUCAACUCACUGUGUUCUUCCUCUUUCAUUCUUGGGUUCUUGCCCCUCUCCAGAACUGCAGCACGAGGCAGGGGACUGCUUGAAAUUUGCAUUUCUGUUUCUUUUACUAGUCUGGGGUAUUUUUGACAACACAUUUUUGGCCUCCUGCAACCUGCAGUUGUCUUGCUGGCUUUGUGGGUAACAUCCCUACGUGCACCUGCCUCUGAACUGCUCAAGAGAGUUGAGAUUGAUUGCAUAGAAUUUGGUUUUUGACUGAGAACUACGGGCUGCUUAAUGACCUGAAGGAGGACAUUGAGUUGUUCAGAGCUGUGUGCAGUCCAGAAGUGCCAAGGGCAGCUCUCUACUCACCCAAGAAAGUCGAGACAUUUAACAUGAUCCCAAAUAAGCAUCUUUCAGGGGGUGUUGUCCCUGUGUCACUGGAAGAGACAAAUGGAGUGAUAUGUGUCUGUCUAUACUAAAAACACUUGCAACACAACCUUACUCACUUCAGUCCACAAAGGAACCAUAAGAAACGGGGUUUUCUCAAUGAAUUUUUCAUUACUGCAACUCUAGUUGCUAGUUUCUAGACCUGUAGGGAUGGGUGAGCAUGGUGAAGACAUGGCCACCUCCAUACAACAAGGAGUGAACACACUUGGUGUGACUAUUCCUUUUGUAUUGGCCUUGACUCCUCCAUCUGAGGUGAAUAAAGGGAAAAAUGAACAAGCUGGAAAACUGAGAGCCCAAAGGUGGGGAUGCAGUUGGGGAUGCAGAUGAUAGCAUGGGUUUAGUGGUGCAGCCGUGGCUGGUGACAGCAGGAUGCCUGACUCUGAACAGAGGGUUGGAGAUGCAUUCCAGGUUUUGCUUGUUCAUCACCAUGGUAAGGGCACAUCCACAGAGCCUCAGCUGAAGGGUUCAGGCUUUGAACAGUCAGGAGUUGUGGAGCUGGAGGUGUUGGGUGAGAAGUGCUGUCUGAAACUGGGAGCUGGGGAAGAACUCCCAGACAUGAGAGGCCAAGCCAAGACUAUGAUACAGUGAAGAGGGUGAUUGUACAAACGUUACUGACCUGAUGUAGGGCACCAGAGGGUCAACGUGGUGCAGGAUGGUUGCAGUGAUGUAUGAAAAGACAAAAGAUGCAGCUGACCAAACAACCAAAGCUGCAGGCAAGAUGGAGAGGCCUUGCUGAAACCACCACAUUGCAGUGCAGGCUUCAACUCCCAGCGCUGGGAAGAAUCAAAUACAAAGGUUUCCUCAGAUUCCUCAGAGGUUUUGCUUUUCUUGAGGCAAGUUGCUUCAAGUUCAGCCACUUGAUCCUUCUCUCAGACCUGCCUCACCUACCCAAAGUGAACAUUUGACUUCACACCACAGAAGCAGCCAUAAAUAAGCAGAAAUAACAUCUGGAAGUGCUAAUUCUGAGUUUAGAAGCACAUGAGGAAGGGAAGCAGUAGUGUCACUCUCCUACACGUCUUGGCAUUUGUUGCUGCCAGAAUAAAGGUCGAGUGGGUGACUGUGAAGAACUGGCUGCAUUUUCUUCUCAGCCUUGUGUGAUAACACUGUGCUAGAAUUAGUGAGGCUGACAGAGAACGUGUCCCAGCAGUGACAGUUUAACUGAUGGGGGCUCUUGUGGAGCCUCUGACUUCCACUAACAAUCAACUGGGCAGACAUGGAGGAAAUGACCUAAAAUUACUUUAAUAUCUGCCCUCAUUUGCUCCCUGUCACGCUGUGUGACUCAACAGCUGUUACAAGCAUUGUUUAAAUAAGCUCACAGAUACUUAUGAGCAAGAGCUGAGUGCCACCAGCCACAACCUUCAAACUUCAGGGCUGCUUCCUGCUGCUGGCUACAGAGCAGCUCCCCUGAGUGCUGGGUGUGCUGUGCUGGGGGACACUGAGGUGCUGGAGAGGGAGCUGGGCAAGGGGCUCCUUUUAAGCUCAGAAUGUUAAUGCUUCAAAGAAGAAAAAUGAUCUCUGGCUUUCUCCUGGGAGGUAACAAAAGCCAAGAACUGAUGACCCUCAAAUGCAGGGUACAGUUACAUCGUCGUAAACUGAAGGCUCAGCAGCUUGUAAGGAAGAUGUUGGGUAACAGAUGAAAGUGUCCCAACAGGAGAUGGAGGGAAUAAGGACAGAGUGAUGGAACUGAAGGAAAUACAGUCCACUGGAUGCUGUGUUGAAGGAAGAAAUACACUCUGAAGUAAACACCAGAGUUGGGUGGGGAUGAGUCAGAACACGAAUCAGCAUGUUCAUUUGCACAACUUGUCAGGGUUAAGCUGAUAAGAGCGGUUAAAGGUCGCUUAUCCUCAUUAAAAAGAAGUAGGAAAUGUG